AUGGCAAAGAUAAUUGGUGCACAUCUAUCAAUAAGCAAUGGAAUUCAUACUGUACAAGAACAAAUGGAUUUGCUUGAACUGGAUACAUGCGCAAUAUUCCUUAAGAAUCAAAAGCGGUAUUCUUCUGCUCCACUCAGCGAUACUGCUGCACAAAUGUUCCACAAAAAUAUUCGCCUUCCAGAGCUUAUUGUACCACACUCUUCAUAUCUUGUGAACCUUGCCACAGAUUCAGCUCAGAAAGGCAUGGAGUGCUUUAUAGAUGAUCUCAAAAGAUGCAAUUCAUUGGGAAUCAAAAUGUACAACAUCCAUCCUGGAAGCAGCAAAGGUGGGAGUGUUCAGAGUGCACUUGCCAACAUCAGCAGAAACAUAAACACAGCUCUGGCUACAGUUCCGGAUGUUAUUGUCUUGAUAGAAAAUAUGGCUGGGCAAGGCAAUGUUCUUGCAAGUAGCUUCGAACAAAUAAGAGAUAUAAUUGGUGCUGUGGAUGAUAAACAGCGUGUGGGUGUUUGUCUUGAUACGUGUCAUCUUUUUGGUUCAGGAUUUGACAUACGCACCGAAGAACGAUUUGCAGAGGUCAUAAAAAGAUUUGAUCAGACAGUAGGCAUCCAGUACCUUAAGGCAAUGCAUAUCAAUGACAGCAAGCAACCACUUGGCUCCCGUAAAGACAGGCAUGAGUCAAUAGGAAAAGGACUGAUUGGGUGCGAUGCAUUCAGGUUCAUCAUGAAUAGCAAUUUUUCUGAUGACAUUCCACUAAUUCUAGAAACACCAGAUCAAGGAAUUUACAAACAUGAAGCAAGACUUCUAAGAAGCUUUAUCAAUAUCUGA